UGUCAGGGUCGGACCGAAGGGUGGAGGGUUCCGGGUACGAUCCAGGGACUCAAUGGACCCUAGACUUUUCUCUGGUUCGGAUGGGUCGUUCUGAAAGUGGCGUUCGAUCUCAAUUCCACCCCUCAAGAGGUCCAGCUGGUAUGGUCUUCAUUGACACGCCCAGUGGUUGCGCCAGGCAGCUUGGGUCAGUUCCUGUGAUGUAGCGUUUGGCUCAGAUCCCUGAUCACGCGUGCCUGUGCACGCUCGUUCCAAAGUGGUCAAUGGAUUGUGUCGGCAUGGUCAUUGACUCCAAAGUGUCCGGAGAGAAGAAGGCGACGGAGCUCCCACGAGAGAUUCACCUUGCCAUCCGGGGCUUGGCCGGACUGUUGGCCUUGGUCGACGUGAAGGCCUCCAUCUCCAUCCAUGAGUUGCGUGAGAAGCUUGAAGAGCAGCUGGGCAUUCCGGCUGAGGAGCAGAAAUUGCUUCUUGGCACCGCCCCACUCAGCGAUUGCGCCUCGCUGUCCACGGCCUUAGGCAAGACCGAGGGCAAGUCCGACACUCAAGAACUGACCUUGGUGCGUGUGGCUGAAGAGAGUCAGGACCGAUCCGGCUGGUUAGACCGGGAUGCAUGGAAUUGGCGCUAGGCCACACACCACGUGUGCCAGCGCAGUUGCAAAGAAAGCUGGGCAUGGAACAUCGGGCUUCCCGACCUGGAGACAACUUGGAGAGACAGAGUUGAGCUUUGAUUGUGUUGUGGG